AUGGAGUCUGAACAUGAUUCACAGAGGGAUUGGGAUGGCAAAGGCCUCUUCUCCCUCAUCUCUGUUGACGGGCACGAGGAACAGAUGACUGUGGGAAGGCUCGGGACUGCACACAUAGGGCCUGGGAAGAUACAUGCAGCCACUGGGGCUGAACGCGAAGCACGAAGUACCCGGGGCCGAUCGUGCGGCCACACCGGUGGACAGGAGCUAUGUGUGGUCAGGUGGUCGCCAUUGUGGCUGCUAUGCAGUUUAGGAUGCGUUCCCAAGUCAGUGUUUCUGUGCAGUGUGGCUUAUGGCUGGCCGCAAGUUGUGCGUUGUUGCCUUUGA